CACAUACCCAAUGCUGCCGCCGCCAUAACAGUAAUGGCCGACACGACGACGACAACGCUGCCAUGGCUGGUGGCGCUGCACGCCGCCCUGCCGACCCCGCACAAGUACACCAUCCUCGAGGUGCACGCCGGCUUUGGCCUCGUCGCGCUCACUAUUGCGGCGCUGGUACCGCCGCCGACGCGGUCUGUGCGGCUUAUGAGGGCGGCACUAGCCCCCCUCAUCUGCCUGGGUUAUGCCUACCUCGCCUGGGUCAGCAUACUGCCCACGCCGCGAGAGCGCUGGGGCACAGCGAUUCUGUUCGUCAACUUCAUUCUCCGAACCCUCGAACUCCUCGUGUUCUACCCGCCCGAAGAAGGAAUGUACCGCAUCCUCCCGAUCCGCGUGCGCACCGGCGCGUCUGACACGAUCACGUUCGCUCCGGAACCCGUGCCCGAGGGCUGGACGACUGCCAAGCUGGCCUGGGCGGCGUCACUGUGGUGGUCGUGGCGCGGUAUCGGGUGGAACUACAGCCCGCCGCUGUCACCGUCGCAGCUGCAGUACCCGUACGCGCCUGGGUCGAGCCGACGCGACUACCUCGUCCGCCGGGGGCUGUACUUCCUUCUCGUCCACGCCGCCGAGGACAUUGCGUCGAGCUUCAUGCGCCUCGGAGCCCCGGCCUACUUCCUUGACGGAACGGUGCCAUACUCGUCCCUCACGCAGUUCCAGCGUGGGCUCUACUCGCUGGCGACGGUCGAGCGCGUCUGGUACUCGCUCGAGCUGAGCCACGUGCUCAUGUCGCUGGUGUUUGUCGCUGCAGGCGGCAUCUUUGGCCUCGAGGGCGAGAUCUUCAGUCCGUGGGGGUGGCCACCGCUCUUUGGUAGCAUCGCAAACAUGUGGGAGUACCCCGGCCUGGCCUUCAUGUGGUCCAAGGCGUGGAACCAGUACAACCGACGUAUCCUGCAGCUCUAUGCGUGGUCCGGGAUCGGCGAGGGGCUGCUGGGCCUGCUACGCUCCGGCGACGCCGUCAAGCGCCCGAGGCCGAGGGUGCCAAAGGUGCAGGCGGCGGCCAAGGGCAAUGGCACAAGCAAUGGCAAAGCCCACGUCAACGGCAAGGCUAAUGGCCACGGCCACGCCCUCUUGCACACAAACGGCCACGUAUUGACCGAAUCUUCGUUCAGUGGCAAGGGCGCUGUCAACAGUCACACCAACAUCAUUGCGCCCCCGCGACGCGACAACGCCCUGCCGACACCGCCGGCCACCCCGCUACCGCUCGCAACGCCAAUGGAGAGCCCGGUCCCGUCACGGCGCGCGUCGCCCGCACUACCGCUGGCAGGCCGGAGCAACACGCACAUGGCGUCCAACCUGAUCAAGUCGGCCAUCGUGUUUGCCUUCUCUGGCCUGCACCACGACGUCGGCUCGCUCGUCAUGGCACUCGACAAGGUGAGGCGGGGCGAGCCAGUGCGUGCGGCCCAGCUGCUGUCCCUGUCGCCGUUCUUCAUGAUCCAGCCGCUCGGUCUCGUCAUUGAGGCUCUGGUUAGCAAGGCCUGGCGUGCGUACAAGCGCCGCCGGGGCUACCCUCCUUCCCAGCAUGCCUCGACGUUUGAGCGGGCCGUCGGCUUUGUGUGGACGUGGUUGUGGCUUGGGUGGACUGCGGGCUUCUUCGUGCAAGGCAUGGCCGAGUCUGGUGUCUGGCGGUAUUGGCCUGGUACUGUGCAUUGGAGCGUUGUGACGCCAGUGUACAAGUGGAUUGUUGGAUAG